GUCCAGGUCCGUCCUUCCACUUCCGCUUGUCUUCCGCCAAUAAGCUGCACGUUAUUGGCAUAUGACAAAAUCCUAUUGGUCACUUCCUGCUGCCACCAAUAAGAUGGCGUCGCUCACUAGACGCUUGGUCUGGAGCUUCUCUUCCAUUCUCAGAGAAAGCUUUCCAAUUGUAAGUAACAGAAGCUGUGUCAGCUUACUGCGAGGGUCAUGGCGUAAAGUUCUGUCGGUGGGCAUUGGGACAAGCUUAUGUGCAAUUCCAGUUGGACAGAGGUCAGAGCCCACUCUCUCAAGCGAGUGCCUAAUAAAGAGGGCAGCAUAUUUGGUAGCAGACAGUUCAUCUACGUUUUUAUCUCAGACAACGUAUGCUCUUGUUGAAUCCCUCACAGAAUAUACCACGGCUGUGUAUACACUGAUUUCUCUGCAAAAGAAGUACACCUCCCUUCUUGAUAAAAUGAAUUCAAAUGAAGAAAGUGCCAUCUGGCAAGUGAUCAAUGGAGCUCGUGUGCAGAUGAAGCAAUUAAAAGAACAGUAUCUGAAGUAUGAAUCUAGCUGGAAGAGAGCUGUGAGCCUAUCAGAGAUGGCAGCAGAAGCCGCAUACCAAUCUGGUGCAGACCAGGCUUCAGUGACUGUGCGAAAUCACAUCCAGAUAGUUCAGAGCCAAGUGCAGGAAGCCCAAGAUCAGGCUCAUAUGGCAGAGGUGCAGCUGACUGCAAGUCAGGCUGAAGAGAUUAAAAGAACUAUUACAGAAGAUAAAGGGAACCCUCCCAGUGGAGGGAGCCCAAGAAGCAGCUUAUCGGAGGAAGAGGAAAUACCUGAAGCUUACCUGCGUGAAGACUGAAAUGUGUCUUUAAAUGUGUGAAGUGAUAAUGCUACAAGAGGAAGCAGUGACAAUGUGAAUUUUGAUACUUUACUUCAUCUAAUUUAUGGAUUACUUACUAUCCAUAGACAUAAGUGGUAAGAAUUAUGCACAAAGAAGGUACAUUUCUAGGGUUUGUUUAUCGGCUGAUCUGAUCCUGGUUAAAGUGAGUGGUAUGCCCUCUCAGCCACUAGCAUACCCAAACUUUCUUUUUUACUUGGUCUUUGUUCCUAGAAAUUACCUGACUGGAUUUCAGCUAAUAACUGGCAGGGGUCAAUUGUGGCUUGAGUAUUACAGAUCUGUGAGCAAAACAAGACUGCUGUGAAGCCCUUGUGUGAUUAUUGCCUCUGUGUCUGUGCACAUUAAUACAAUAAGGACACAGUAUAGUUCUAAUUAGCACUUCCCUUUACUAAUAAUUCCUAUUUACGCUAUUUGUUGCACCCCUGGGCAGAUUUAAAGUCACCUAAGGGUGCAGAUAAAAGAAUGCCAGGCCUCUAUUUAUACAGAAUUGUGCAUUGCUAGUAUAUUAUAAUAUACUAUAUUAUAAUAUCGACACAUUUUGUAAGUUACCGUAAGAGUUCUAUUCCCUUAACUAUCUAAUAAAAUAACACUCCCAUGUUUAAUGGUGUUCUACAAAAAAUGGAACAAAGAGAAAUGUUAAUUUCUGAUAUAUUCCAAAAUAGGGAAGGACAACAUAGCAGUGUGUUACUGGUUGUGCUUUAAUGGUAUAUUUAUAAUAGGAAGAAGUUCCAAAGAUUGUAUAUACUGUUAUUUGCUUUGAAUGGGCAGCGACACAUGAGCAACAUUUUUACGGAUCCACAGACACACAAUUAUUUGCAGUUGGGGAGCCAACAGUAUCAGAGCACAAUCACCUUUUUACCUAAUACCGCAAUUAAUGUACUACAGUAAUUGGACUUUUUGGAAACUAACAUUUGUUUAAAAGUUGCACUUAAUGUGGUUGGAAUUAUGGGUGCAGAAGGCGGGGUUUUUGGGUAUAAAGGUGAUUGUGCACUAGAUGAAGGGAGGGUGUAUGUACCCCCCCCCAGAAACGUUAAUACUGUUGGUGAUACGAUAAAAGGUGUAAACUCCCCAACUGCAGAUAAUUGUGUGUGCAGAUCCAUAAAAAAAAUUGCUGUUGCUAAGUAGAAGGUAAGUGCAGUAGAAG